AUGAGCGGAUCUAAAAAAUAAUAAAAAACUCUUUUCGAAGUAUUUAAAGGUAAAGAAAACAAUAAAAGUGUGUCUCCUAAACAUGUAGAUCCUAAAAAAUAAAAACUUUUAGCUAAAAUAAUAAAUAAACCGAAUUAAAAAAUGUAAGAGGAAGAAAAGAACACUAUGAGUAAGAAAAAGAAUUAAAAAGAUGAAAUUUUAGAUUAAAAAAGAGGUAGAAAACCAAGUAAUCCUAUAGAAAGUAGAGAACAAUCUAAUAGCCCGACUCCAAUCAAAAACUAAAAAAAGAAUAAUAAAGCUGCUGAUCAUGAGGUAGAAAAGAAUAAAGAAUUCACAGAUAUAUAAAAUACCUAACAUGUUAAAAAACAAUAAUUAAAAACCAAAACAAAUGAAAAUUAUGCAAACAAAUCAACUAAUAAUAAUAGAGAUAUAGAAACAGAAGAAGAAUUAACUUCUCCUAAAGAUGAAAUAAAAGCGAAAGGUAUUAAAAAAUAAAAUAGAUUAAUGAAAAUUUCAGAAAAGGUUAAAGCUAAUCCAAAGAAACAAAACAAAAAAAUACCAAUAUUGAUUUCAGAUUAGGAAGAUUCAGAUGAUGAAAGUGAGUAAGGAGAAGUAGAAUAUGUAGAUGAUUAAGUUGAUAAUUUAUAAUAAAAUAAACGAGUUGAUUAAAUGUUUAAAAAUAAUUAAAAAAAAAUUGAAUUCUAAUCUAAAGGAAAGAAGGAAGAGCCUGAAUAAAAAUAAGGAAAUAGUUUGCUAGCUUUUUUAUAACCAUAAGAUUUAUAAUAAGAUUUAGAAAAUAUGAAAAUUAAUGAGUAGGAUAAGUAGGAUAAAUAAGACGAUGAAAUAAAUGAAGAUGAGGAAGAAAUAAGGAGAUUAGAUUAACUUAUCAAAUUAAAGCAAGAGUCUAUUUUGAUUUCAGAUUCUCCAAUUAAAACUAAUAAUCAAGUAAGAUAAAAGGAUGAAAAUUAAAUGGAAAUUGAAGAAGCUGUAUAAUAAGAACAAGAAUAAGAGAAUAGCAUUCAAGAAAUAUCUGAAGAAGCUUUUGUUCCAAAAAAUUUGAAAAAUAAAACAUUUUACUUUUUAGGAUAAUUUAAAGAAUUUGAUAUAAAAAUAAUUAAACUUGCAAUUGAAGAUAAUGAGGGUAAAGUCAUUAAUAAGGAAAAAUAAGGAAAAGAUCAUUAUAAUGUUAUAGGUAACAAAAAUGUUAGUUUUAAUGAUAUGAAAAAUAUUAAAGAAAAAUAAUUUCCUUACUAAAAUUAUGAUGAUUUUGUCUCAUUGGUAGAAAAAACAUUGGGUAUGAAAAUUGAAAAUAUCAUAACCAAAUAUAAAUAAAUUUAAGAGAAUGGGGAGCCAAAACAAAAAAAAGAUACCCCUAUAUAAAAUAUAAACUAAUAGUAAAAGCAAUAAAUCUAAACAGCAUAAACAGCAGCUUUUUCUUAAAAAGUUAACUAAUAAAAUUAAAAAACUGACGAAAAGGCAAAUAAAAAAAUUUAAAAUGAGAGCUAAUCAAGUUUAUCUGGUUUGGCUUCUUUCUUACCUCCUUCUGCAUUUAUAUAAUAAGAUCCUGAAAUCGUUGAAGAUUUAAAUGAAAAUGAAUAUCAUGUUAAUGACAAAAUGAUAAAAUCUGAAGCUUACAAAGACUAAAAUAGUAAAGAUUCUAAUUAAGCUGAUUCUGAAAAGCAAAAUAUGUCGAAUUCAGUACCAUUUUUUACAAAAAAGGACCUUAAAAAACCUUAAACUAAAGCUAUUUGUAAAAUAGAUGAAGAACCUUAAAUUAUAAAUGAAAUAAAUAAAUAAGAAAGCAUGGAAGUUGAAGUCGAAUAUGUAAAGAAAAUCAAAAAUACUUAAAAACCCUUCAUGGAUCAUCAUCAAGCAUAACUCAAUAAAAAAAAAUAAAAUCAAGAAAACAGUAUUCAUUCCCUUUGGACUCAUAAGUAUGCUCCAUAAGAAUUAAAUGAUUGUGUAGGUAACGAAGCUUAAAUUAAAAAAUUAGAAAACUGGCUAGUUAAUUGGGAAAAUGUUGUGGUUCAUAAGUAAAAAGUUCAAGGAAAUUGGAAGGAAAAUCCAGGUUCUCGUGCUUGCUUAAUUUCAGGGCCACCAGGUAUAGGUAAAACAUCUACAGUAAGAUUGCUAGCCUAAAAAUACAACAUGAAUAUAAUUGAAUGGAAUGCUUCAGAUGUUAGAAAUAAGAAUGCUAUUGAAACUAUCAUCAACCCUCUUAAAGAUAAUACAGUUUUAAACUUUAAACAUGAAGUAUCUUCUUAAAGAUCUAUCAUUUUAAUGGAUGAAGUCGAUGGUAUGUCUUCAGGCGAUAUAGGUGGUAAUUAAGCUUUGAUGAAAAUUAUAAAAGAGACCAAAAAUCCUAUUUUCUGUGUUUGUAAUGAUAGAUACAGCCAAAAGUUGCGUUCUUUAGCAAGUAUUUGCUUUGAUGUGAGAUUCUAUAAGCCAAACAAAGGACAAAUUGCUAAAAGAUUGCUCGAAGUUUGCAGAAAAGAAGGUUUAAAAUCUGAGCUUAACCAUUUAGAAUUUUUAGCUGAAAGUGUGAAUAAUGAUAUCAGACAAGCUUUAAACUUGCUUUAGAUGUAGUCUAAAAAAUCAAAAGAUAUAAGUUUUAAGAGUCUAGUAUAAGGACUAAGUAGUUUCAAAAAAGAUGAUCAAGUAUCAAUGAGUGCUUUUGAAGCUGCAAAAAUUUUGAUGACAAAGGUUGAAUUUGAUAGAAAGAAAUAAAUAUCUUAAAAAGUCGAUUUAUUCUUUUUAGAUUAUGAAUUGGUGCCAAUGCUAAUUCAUGAAAAUUACUUAUCUACCUUUUAAUCUAAAGAGUAUAAUAGAACUAGUGUGCAAGAACUCGAAAGAAUAGCUGAUGCAACCUGUGCUAUGGCUGAGAGUGAUUUACUAUAAGACUCUAUUAGAUCUGGUGGAAAUUGGUCUUUGCUACAAAAUGUUGGUUUUUUGACAUCAGUGUAUGUUCCACAAUAGGUUUGUAGUAAAUGCAAUACUUAUCCUCAAAUGACUUAGCAUUUAGGAAAAUUCUCUUCACAGCGUAAAACAUCUAGAUUAAUAAGAUAACUUCGUAUGCAACUAGCAUAAAACAUAAGUGGUAAUCGCUAAGCAGUCUAAUUUGAUUACAUUAAUCCUUUAAUGGAACUUAUUUUAUACUAGUUAGAAAAUAAUGGAAAGCAGGGAGUUGAUAAUGUGAUUAGCAUAAUGGAGGAAUACAAUAUAACUCCUGAUUUGCUUAAAGAGCAUUUUAUUACAGUCCCAUAUAAGUCAGACUUCGAAUAAAGAUUAAAGGAUAUUCCUACAACAAUUAAAACUAAUUUAACUAAAACAUACAACAAAAGAUUCAAAGAUGAUGUAAAGCCUGAUAAGAAAACUAAAAAAAGUGAAGAUGAAGAGCAUCAUGUAAAAUACGAUGAUGUGUUAGGUGAAAUAGAUGAAGUUGAGAUUGAUGAAGAAGAAUAAGAAGACCAGCAAUAAUAAUAAUAAAAAGAAGAUGAAGAAACAAAAAAUAACAUUAAAGAAAGUAAAUAGAGCAAAGAGACUCAAAAAAAAUCUGACAUAAAUAAAUAAUAAUUAGAGGAGGAAAAGAAAGCUCAAACAAUUAAAAGUACAAAAACUUCAACAAAAGAAGUUAAAAGUUAACCUGAAUAAAAAAAUAAUUUAAAAUCAUUCUUUUUAAAAAAUAAAAAAUGA